AUGGGGUCCUUUGUUCCAUUUGGUGGUUUCUUUUCUACACCUUCUGAAAGCAAAAGUCACGUAAGCUCUACAAAUGCAUCUUUUACUCGUUGUGACAAAUGCAAUGAAAAGUACGAACACGAAGUUGCCGAUGUUUUGAAGGUAGAUCCUGCUACUCUGGCAUCUAGUAGCUCAACAAGCUUGCCUUGGUUUAAAAAGGUUGUUGAUACACAUGGAGGACUUGACGUGGCAAAGACUAAUGAAGAAAAUACAAGCGUGAAUGAUAAGAUAUUGGGAUUUCAAAAGAAGUGGAAUGAUAUUUGUCAACAACUUCAUCAAACAAGGUCUCAAGUUCCAUCACUUGAGGUUUUUCGGCUUGGUUCAGAUUUUAACGCAAGCAGCAGUAAAGAUCCAUCACUUAAUGGACUCCAAUGUUCUAGUCCAUUUUCCUACAUGCCUAAAAACUUGCAUGAUACUUUUCCAUCAAAACAGAUAUCUCCGGCUCUAGUACAUGCUGUUACACUCAGUGUUGAUGUUAGAACUGAUCAUGUGCAGAAAGUUACCGAGACUCAGGAAAUUGAUUUGAUGACUCCUUGGGCUGCCCCUUUACGCAUGGCCAAUAGGUGUGUGCUUGAUAACAAAUCAUCUUCGUCCCUUACUUCUGUGGCCACAGAUUUAGGAUUGGGAACGUUAUAUACAUCAACGCCAAAUGCUUGCAAGCCAGAUACCACAAGGUUUCAAGAUAAAAUAAAGCAUUUUGAGUGCGUGCCAGAUUCUGCUUCAGCUGACUCUGUUGCUAUCCAGGGAAAUACAUCACACCAGAUUGCUAGAUCUUCCUGCUCUGUUUCAAACUUGUCAGCAAACUUUGAUUCUAUAGAUUUCAAGUCUCUUAAUAAACUUCUCUUUGAAAAAGUUGGCUGGCAGGAUCAGGCCAUAUGUGAUAUCAGCCAAACUUUGUUCCAUCGAAAAUCCGGCGAAGGAAAGAAUAGAGACUCACAUGGUAGAGCAGACAUAUGGCUUGCUUUCCUUGGGCCAGAUAGAGUUGGAAAAAGGAAAAUUGCUUCAGCUCUUGCAGAGGCUAUAUUUGGAAAUACAGAAAGUGUAAUCUCUCUGGAUCUAAGUUUCCAGGAUAGGUUUUACCAGUCAAACUCAAUUUUCAAAUGCCAAAGAUCAUUUUCUUAUGAUGUGAUUAAUAGGAAGACAGUUGUGGACUAUAUUGCUGGGGAGUUGAGUAAAAAUCCUCAUUCCGUUGUCUUUCUUGAUAAUGUGGAUAAAGCUGAUUUUCUGGUCCAGAGUAGUUUAAUGCAGGCAAUAAGAAGAGGUAAAUUUCCAGACUCACGUGGAAGAGAGAUUAGUAUCAGCAAAACAAUCUUUCUUUUAACCUCGUCUGUCUGUCAAGGCAACGGGUCUUCUGCUUGGAACGAUGGUAAAAUGUUUUAUGAGGAAACAAUUCUUGAAGCCAAAAGAUGCCAAAUGCAGUUAUUACUUGGAGAUACAUCUGAGGAUGCCAAAAGAAGCUGUAGUACAAAUAUCAAGAUUGUGCCGAGAAAAGGGUUUUCAAGACCAUCAUUUCUCAACAAAAGAAAGCAGGUUGAUACCAGCUUCAAAGAGGGAACAACAAGUAAGAUGCAAAAACAGGUUUCCGAGACAUCAAUCCCCAAUCUGGAUUUAAAUAUGCCUCUAGAAGAGGGUGAAGAUGGUAUGAACGGCAACGACUGUGAACACAAGUCUGUAGUGGAUAGCUCAGACUCAUGGUUUAGUGAUUUAUGCAAUCAAAUGGAUGAAAAAGUGGUUUUCAAGCCAUUCAAUUUUGACGAGCUUGCCGAGAAAUUACUAAAAACCAUUAGCAUACAAUUUGAAAGGACAUUUGGUUCAGAGUUUCAGUUGGAAAUUGAUUAUGAGGUAUUGACACAGAUACUUGCAGCUGCUUGGUUAGCAGACAAGAAAAACUCGGUGGAGGAUUGGGCAGAAAGUGUUCUUGGCAAAGGCUUUUUUGAAGCUCAGCAGAAAUACCAUCCUGCAGCUAAACAUGUUGUAAAACUAAUUAACUGUGAAUCUAUUUUUGAGGAAGAUCCUGAUCUUGGAGUAUGCCUUCCACCUAGCAUUAACAUGAAGUAA